CGCCCUCGCAGGGCGGGAGGUGAAGUGACGCUGUUGCCCGAAGAUGGCGGCGACGGAGACUCUCGCUUCGUCAACCACCGCCACCGCGUCGGCCUCGGCCACAGCGACCGCCACCGCGGCGGCUCUCGGGGAAGUGGAGGAUGAAGGGCUCCUGGCCUCGCUGUUCCGGGACCGCUUCCCCGAGGCCCAGUGGCGGGAGCGGCCCGAUGUGGGCCGCUACCUCCGGGAGCUGAGCGGCUCCGGGCUGGAGCGGCUGAGGCGCGAGCCCGAGCGCUUGGCGGAGGAGCGAGCGCAGCUGCUGCAGCAGACGCGCGACUUGGCCUUCGCCAACUAUAAGACCUUCAUCCGCGGCGCCGAGUGCACCGAGCGCAUCCACCGCCUCUUUGGCGACGUGGAGGCGUCGCUCGGCCGCCUGCUCGACCGCUUGCCCAGCUUCCAGCAGAGCUGCAGAAACUUUGUGAAAGAGGCUGAAGAGAUCAGCUCCAACCGCCGCAUGAACACCUUGACCCUAAACCGGCACACAGAGAUCCUGGAGAUCCUGGAGAUCCCCCAGCUCAUGGACACGUGUGUCCGGAACAACUACUAUGAAGAGGCCCUGGAGCUGGCAGCCUAUGUUCGCCGACUGGAGAGGAAAUAUUCCUCCAUCCCUGUCAUCCAGGGCAUCGUGAACGAAGUGCGCCAGUCCAUGCAGCUGAUGCUGAGCCAGCUGAUCCAGCAACUGAGGACCAACAUCCAGCUCCCUGCCUGCCUCCGUGUCAUUGGCUUCCUGCGGCGCAUGGAUGUCUUCACCGAGGCCGAGUUGAGGGUGAAGUUUCUUCAGGCCCGAGAUGCUUGGCUCCAUUCCAUCCUGACUGCCAUCCCCAAUGAUGAUCCCUAUUUCCACAUCACAAAAACCAUUGAGGCCUGCCGCGUCCAUCUGUUUGAUAUCAUCACCCAGUACCGUGCCAUAUUCUCAGAUGAGGACUCAUUGCUGCCGGCUGCCGUGGGUGGGCACACCGUGAACGAGAGUGCCAUCUUCCAUGGCUGGGUGCUCCAGAAAGUCUCACAAUUCCUGCAGGUUCUGGAGACCAACCUUAACCGGGGGAUAGGUGGCCGCCUAGACUCUCUGCUAGGUCAAUGCAUGUACUUUGGGCUGUCCUUCAGCCGGGUGGGGGCUGAUUUCCGCGGCCAGUUGGCUCCUAUUUUCCAGCAGGUGGCCAUCAGCACUUUCCAGAAAGCAAUUCAGGAAGCAGUGGAGAAGUUCCAGGAUGAAAUGAAUUCCUACACCCUCAUCUCCGCUCCAGCCAUCCUGGGCAGCAGUAACCUGCCUGCUGCUGUGCCGGUCACUCAGCCAGGGACCCUGCAACCACCCAUGGUGCUCUUAGAUUUCCCACCCCUUGCCUGCUUCCUCAACAAUAUUCUGGUUGCCUUCAAUGAUCUGCGCCUCUGCUGCCCUGUGGCCCUGGCACAGGAUGUGACUGGGGCCCUGGAGGAUGCCCUUGCCAAGGUAACCAAUAUAAUCCUGGCCUUCCAUCGUGCAGAAGAGGCUGCUUUCAGCAGUGGGGAGCAAGAGCUCUUCGUCCAGUUCUGCACUGUCUUCCUGGAAGACCUCGUUCCGUAUUUAAAUCGCUGUCUCCAAGUCCUUUUCCCACCAGCUCAGAUAGCACAGACGUUAGGCAUCCCCCCCACUCAGCUCUCCAAGUACGGAAACCUUGGGCACGUGAACAUCGACGUCGUCCAGGAGCCUCUGGCCUUCAUCCUGCCGAAGAGAGAGCCGGUCCUGUGUCUAGAGGAGAGGGAGCUGGUGCCCGAGCUCCCAGCUUCAGCGCCACCACUCCCCACGGAGGAGGCAGGCGUCGAGCCGGUCGCUGCGACCUUCCCCGAGGGUGCCGACUCUGCGCCGCUGCAGGCCGAGGUGCCCGGUGCGGACCCCUAGCCAGAGCCGCCCAGGGACGGAGGGAAGGGAGGUGGUGGUGAAAGCUGGGGACAGCCCCGGAGGAAAAGGCUGCGAGGGCAUUCGUGACAGCCCGUGAAAGGGGGAGCCUCCGGGUCACUCUUGCAAACGGUUGAUGACACUGUAAGAAACGGAAAUUAAAAAAAUAAAGCUGCCUGACGUCACGGAG